AUGUGCAGCAACGAGCGGCUGUCGCCCGCCGCGGGGUCGGGGGUGUUCCCGUGCCCGCUGGCCGCCAAGCCGACCCCCGAGGCCGCCUUCCCGCCGCUGGACCACUACCGCCUGCAGCUCUACAACUACGCCAUGGCCGAGCGCCUGCGCUUCGCCGCGCCCUACGCGCCGCUGCCGCUGUGCCCCGGCUACCCGGGAGCCUACGUGCCGCGCCUCGCGCUGUCCAUGUCCUUCCUGCACCACCGCGCGCUGCAGCCUGAGGAGCCCAAGCCGCAGCACAGCUACAUCGGCCUCAUCGCCAUGGCCAUCCUCAGCUCGCCCGACCACAAGCUCGUGCUGUCCGACAUCUACCAGUACAUCCUCGACCACUACCCCUACUUCCGGUCGCGCGGGCCCGGCUGGAGGAACUCCAUCCGCCACAACCUGUCGCUCAACGACUGCUUCGUGAAGGCGGGCCGCAGCGCCAACGGCAAGGGCCACUACUGGGCCGUGCACCCGGCCAACGUGGACGACUUCAGGCGUGGCGACUUCAGGCGGCGCAAGGCGCAGCGCAAGGUGCGGCGCCACAUGGGGCUGGCCGUGGACGAGGACGGAGCCGGCGACUCGCCCAGCCCGCCCGCCACGCCGCCGCCCUGCUGGCCCGCGCUGCCCCCGCCCCCGCAGCCGCCCCCGGUGCAGGCCCCGGCGCGCCGCCGCCAGUUCGACGUGGCGUCGCUGCUGGCGCCCGACGACGAGCAGCCGCCGCGCAAGGCGGGGCGUCGCGACGCCGCGGAGGAGCCCGAGGGGGCGUGGCCGGCGCCUCUGGGGCUGGAGCACCAGCUGGUGAGCCGCUACUACGAGCACCAGCGCCGCCUGCUGCAGCAGCUGGGCGCGCCGGGCAACACCUAG